AUGCAUGCUGGACACAUCGAAGUCGACCCAGAGUCAAACGGCAACCUUUUCUUCUGGCAUUUCCAGAACCAUCACAUCGCGAACCGACAACGUACAGUUAUCUGGCUAAAUGGCGGCCCGGGCUGUAGCUCUAUGGAUGGAGCUUUGAUGGAGGUUGGCCCGUAUCGACUGAAGGAUGAUCAUACGUUAGAAUACAACCAGGGAUCGUGGGAUGAGUUCGCCAAUCUGCUCUUUGUCGACCAGCCCAUCGGCACCGGCUUGAGUUACUUCAACACAGACAAGAAAAACUAUGUUCAUAAUAUGGAGGCGAUGGCAGCGCAUUUCAUGAUUUUCUUGGAUCGAUUCUUUGAAAUGUUCCCAGAGUUUGAGAGGGAUGAUAUAUACUUGGCUGGCGAAUCUUAUGCAGGACAAUACAUCCCAUAUAUCGCCAAGGCUAUUAAAGAUCGCAACAAGGCGAUCUCACAGGAUGUUCAAGAGAAAUGGCCGCUGAAAGGUUUACUUAUUGGAAAUGGCUGGAUGAGUCCAACGCAAUACCCGUCGUAUUUUGAAUAUGCCGCGCGUGAAGGUGUAAUCAAGAAGGGCACAGACGUUUACCAGAAAGUGGAGUCUCUACACAACUCAUGUUUGACCGAGCUGGAAGACGAGGAUACCAGGAAACAAGUUAGCGUCGCAAAGUGCGAAUUCGUAUUGGAGCAGAUACUCGAUCUAACCAAGAAGGGCGAUGACUCGUGCCUCAAUAUGUACGACAUUCGUCUUCGAGAUUCCUCCUGUGGCUAUUCCUGGCCCCCAGAUCUGAAAUAUAUCACGCCAUACCUCCGACGAAAGGAUGUCGUCCAGGCGUUGAAUCUCAAUCCAGAAAAGAUGACUGGCUGGGAGGAAUGCGAUGGUCAUGUGCAUGGGGCCUUGUCUGCCUCGAAUUCCACCGCCGCCGGCAAAUUGAUUCCUGGCCUCAUCGAAUCAGGAGUCAACGUUCUUCUCUUCAGUGGUGACCAGGAUCUGAUUUGCAAUCACAUUGGAACAGAAACUUACAUUCAUAACAUGAAAUGGAAGGAUGGAACUGGCUUUGAGACUGCGCCUGGAGUAUGGGCCCCGCGCCAUGACUGGACUUUCGAAGGUGAACCGGCUGGUAUCUAUCAACAUGCCCGUAACCUGACUUACGUCCUUUUCUACAACUCGAGUCAUAUGGUUCCUUUCGACGCCCCUCGUCAAACUCGUGAUAUGCUUGACCGCUUCAUGAAUGUAGACAUUGGUAGCAUCGGUGGACGUCCCGCCGAUUCUCGUAUUGAUGGUGAAAAGCUACCCCAGACAUCUGUGGGUGGCCACCCCAACAGCACAAUUGCCGAGGAGGAAGAAAAGCAAAAGAUCAAAGACACCGAAAUGCACGCGUACGCCAAAUCCGGCGAAGCUAUUCUGGUGGUUGUUAUCAUUGGUGUCACAGUCUGGGGCUUCUUUAUCUGGCGCAGUCGUCGAUCUCACAAGGGCUACCGUGGUGUUCGAGCCCAAGAUAUGGAUAUGGAGAUGCGUGCUGGAUCCAUAUUAGAUCGGUUCCAGAACAAGCGAUCCGGUGGAGUUGGAGUUCAAGCCGGCGAUUUUGAUGAAUCUGAGUUGGACGAAUUGCACUCGCCUGGUCUUCACCGAGACCAAUACUCCGUCGGUGAUGAAAGUGACGACGACGCUUCUUCUUCUCAUGUGGACUCUCGACAACCCACAGUAGAAAACGAUAAGCAUACCGAUCCUUUAUGA